CUGGAACAAAGGGAUCCUUUUUGAUAUUCCUUUGUUAUUGAUCCAUCAUCUAACAAAGAGAAAUGGAUUUAAGGCCUAGAGGUUCUGCGGUUGUUUUCUGUCUACUGGUUAUUGUCAAUCUGGGCACGUUCAGUCAAGCGCAAAGCGGUACAGAACUUUGCUCCUUGGAAAAUGCCCCAGUCGGUAAUAUAAUUUUUGUGGAGGAAAACAACAGUAUCGGUGACACAGUUGCAACAAUUAUAGCUGAAAAUGAUGUGAUGGUCAGAAUCUCUCAUGAGGUACCAGAGGGUCUCUUCAGUCUUACAGGCCUCAGUCUCAAAGCUAAUAUUGUGCUGGACUAUGAGACAUUUGACAAGGAUACUGCCUAUUUGGUGGAUAUUGAGUGUACAAGACUUGAUUCUAAUACCAAAUUAGCACUGAAGAUCAUUGUCGAUGACUUAAACGACAAUCCACCAGUUUUUGAACAGAGCCAGUAUACACUUGAAGUCAAUGAGUUAACAAAUGUGGAUACCAGUGUGGCACGAAUCACGGCAACAGAUGAUGAUGUAAAUGAUCGCCUCAGCUAUCGUCUGGAGUCACCUGAGGGAGAAUUUGAUCUGCUGACCUUUUCAGUACCUGACAUACUGGUGAAAAAAGUUCUGGAUUAUGACAAAGUUAAAAAAGUCACAAUGACGCUAUAUGCACAGGACAACCAGGACACCCACACCAGCUCGACCAUCAUUGUUGUCAAUAUCUUAGAUAUUGACAAUCGUCCACCGUGGUUUCAGCCCUGUACAGAAAUGGAGAUCGGCACAAGCAAAGUGUGCCUGAACUCUGGCUAUGAAGGAACGGUUGAUUUAACCGAACAAACGGUAGGUCCUUUACCUUUGAAGCCAGGUCCAAUCCUUGCGAUUGAUGGGGACAAUGGCAGAAAUGAGGCCAUUGGUUAUACAUUUCUUGGAGGAAAUGAUGAUGGAACAUUUGAUAUCAACAUUAACACCGGGAUCAUCACAAUGCUAAAACCAGUAGGCGUAGCAGGUCCUAUCGUUCUUUCAGUUAUGGCAUUUCAAGCACAGAACAUUGAUCAGUAUGCCACCACCACAGUCAUCCUAAGGGUGGUUGAGACUAGUAAGCAUCCUCCGAUAUUUGUGAAUCCCAGUUACGAAGGUUUUAUCUCAGAGGACGCAGGUGUGGACAGUCUAGUACUGGAGAGCCAAACCUCCAACAAGGCCCUCCGUGUACAGGCUACAGAUGAAGACUUUUCUAAUGGGGUGAAUAAUAACAUUAGAUUUGAGAUUGUGGAUGGCACUGACUUCUCGAUAACUCCAGAAGGCUUUAUACUCAUGGCAAAGGCAGUUACUGCUGGCACUGUAAAAUUACAAAUGAGGGUAGUUGACACUACUAAUGAUGAAUCAAGCACUGCUUCACUUACAGUCGAGGUUACUCCAGGGGUUCCCACGACCACUAUGGUCACGAAAACGUCUAUCAUAACCUCUGAAACACCGCUAACAGAAAGCACCUCUAUCCCCACCUCUAUCUCCACCUCCACCUCCACCUCCACCUCCACCUCCACCACCAUUUCCACCCCUCACCCAGACACCUCCACCUCUAACUCCCUCACCUCCACCACUCCUGGCCCCACCACAGGUGGGCCGCAGAUGAGAUCGGGUGGGUAUAGAUCGGAGGAUAUGGCAGCUUUAGGGGCCAGUUUGGCUGUGGUGAUAAUCGUCUGCUUGGUUUCUAUCGGCCUGCUGGUGCACCGCGUCAAGGGCCAUAAGGCAGACUGGAAGAAACUGUCUGAGGCUAGCAACUUCCGCAGCAAUCUGGCUGGGGCUCCGGGUGGUCCCAAGAAGGGUGUGCAGUACACUAAUGAGGGCUUCCAGCAUGAUGAUGAUUCUGGAAGCAUGAACUAUAGGCUGGCUGCUGACCUGGAGACGAAACUAGGAUCUGUGCUGAAGUCAGAACCGAGUCGGGCAUCACCACAGGAGCAGGUGACCCCCAGCAGUGCUUCGAUUCCUCAAACACCCACCACCCGCAGCAUUCCACACGAUUCCACUAGCCUGGGGAGUUUAGAUACCCUAGAUGGCGAGAAGGAGGUGAAACCAAUUCUUACCAAAGAGCGGCGUGCAGAGGAGGGCUACAAAGCCGUGUGGUUUAAGGAAGACAUUGACCCCAACACUAAAGAGGAAGUGGUCAUCAUUCCAGACACCAGUGAGCUGGAGGGAGACAAUGAGGAAGAGGAUGACAAUGAAGAGGAACAGGAAGAUGAGGAACAUCUAAAGACAGAUGUGGAUGAAGAGCUGGCAGGGGAAUAUUCUAGAGGCUUUGAAGAUGAAGGCAGAAUGACGUCAGACCUCUGAUUUUAGAGCCUCAUUGGGGAUUACAAAGGAAAUGGAGCGUUUUCCUGAGCUGAAUGAACAUCACAGCGCAAAAGCUGCAAACGAAAAAGGACUUGAGUUUAGCUCAAAUGUUUGCCAUUGAAGCAGAAGAGUUAAUAUAUGUUAUCAUUUAUCAUAUGCCCUCACCAUUAAUAAGGUUGUCAAAAAUAAUACAAGAAUACAAGAAAAAACUGCUUAAAAAUUGUCUAAUUUUCUUUUUUUUUGUAGUGUGCGAAACACAAGGACUGAGGUUUUGUUUAAACGUUUGCCUCUGUAGUAAAACAGGAACAU